GGUUCUCACUUCUCAACCUCGUGUUUCAGUAUUGUUUUUGACCACCUCUCUCUCUCUAUUCUCUCUCUCUCUCUCUCUCUCUCUCUUCCCGUGUUUAUAUUCUCUUCUCGAUGGGACGAGGAGGGAGAGGAAGAGCAGUGUCGGGUCUCAUCGCUCUAUGCUUGAUACCCUAAGCACAUCAUCACCACCAACAAAUAGUAGAGGUAUCAUGGCUCGGUAGGCCCGCUAAUGGCGGAUUAGGGUUUCGCAUGCGGGGACCUCUCUAGGGUUUCGGAGGCCCCAUGUCCGGUUCCUGCCGCUGCCUCGCCCAAUCCCCUUCCUUGAACCCUCGCCCCCGCCUCUCCUCCAGGUUUAGGGUUUCCUCUGCGAGAGGUCCCUCUCUCCCGCCCUCCUCGCUCUCCUUCGGCGGCGGCGCGGGCCGCAGAGCUUCCUUCAAGAAAUGGAGGCUGGAUCAUAUCUCGUGUUUUAAGCAUGAAGAAGAGUCAACGUCUCACUGUAAUGCAUUCGAGCAUGUUGAAGUUCAAAAGAAUGAGGGUUUAAGGAAAGCUGAGUCCGACGAGUUGAAAGCAAAUGGCAAACAUUGGCUUUCGAGCAUUCAAAAGGUAGCGAACAGAAUCUUUAUCUUUCACGGUGAUCCUUGGACAGUACCAUGGACGGCUGAAACCAUCAUUAAGGUUAUGCUUCUAUGGAUAGCAACUUUCUGGUUCGUAGGAUCGUGGAUAAUCCCAUUCCUGGCCCAUGCUGCUGGCUUCAGCAAGGAUACCCUAACCCACCGGGGACAAGCCCUCUACAGCCUCCUCACCGACAUCGCCGAGGGCCUUGCAGGAAUUGCAAUCCUCCAUCGCUGCCUUGCUCCCUUCCGCCCCCUCCCCCCUGGCUGGUUUUCCUUCAAACUCCGUGGCUCCUGGCACUUUGACGUCCUCUUUGGCUGCCUCCUGUUCCCGCUCGUCAACCUGCUCUCUCACAUCAACAUCAGCAUGGUGCCCAACCUCCCGGGCCUGCCCGUCGGUGUCUCGAGCGUGGAGCAAUCAAUUGUGGCCCGCGACCCCGUGGCGAUGGCUCUGUACGCUGUGGUGGUCUCGGUCUGCGCGCCGGUGUGGGAGGAGAUCGUGUUCCGGGGGUUCCUCCUGCCCUCGCUGACGCGGUACAUGCCGCUGAAUUGGUCGAUCGUCGUGAGCGCGGCGGCGUUCGCCCUGGCGCACUUCAACUCGCAGAGGCUGCUGCCGCUCGUGUUCCUCGGGGUGGUGAUGGGCGCCGUGUUUGCGCGGUCGAGGAACCUCCUCGCGAGCAUGCUCCUCCAUAGCUUGUGGAACGGCUUCGUCUUCCUCGAUCUGAUGAAAUGAUGUGGUGCUUCCAUGUUUAGGCAUGCUGUUGUAUUUUUCCUUUUCAAUUAUUUAAACAUUCGAUUAUUAUGUUGUUUCACUAGACAUAGCGAAUUUGUAGCAUGCAUCAUCAUAUGGUUGGGGUAGUUAAUUUUUGUCUAACACAACAGUCCUGUGUCUGGGUCCAAACUAAGUCUUUUUCUUGGCCCGGCCUGUAGAACAUGUUUAAUCGAAUGCGAAUUUAGUUACUAUAUAUAAGGUAUAGUCUACUCGAUGAAA